CAAGAUAAAAGAGAUGUGAAAAGAUAUGACACUCGAUAAAAGAUAUGAAAAAAGACAAAAGAGAAAUGAAAGGCAUGGCACAAGACAAAAGACACAUAAAACGUUACGACACAAGACAAAAGAGACAUGAAAAGAUAUGACAAAAGAUGAAAGAGACAUGAAAGGCAUGAUACAAGAUAAAAGAGACGUGAAAAGAUAUGACACUCGAUAAAAGAUAUGACAAAAGAUGAAAGAGACAUGAAAAGAUAUGACACUUGAUAAAAGAGACACGAAAAGACAUGGCAUGAGAUAAAAUAUAUGAAAAGAGAUAAAAGACACAUGAAAAUACAUGACACAAGAUAAGAAAAGACAUGAAAAGACAUGAGACGACAAGCUGGGGACAAGUCGAAAUAACAAGAAUCUCUGUACUAAGAAAUAAUUAAAACCCUACACAAGAAGCCAAAAGGAUUCCAUCAUUGAAAUAUUUAGUAAAAGAACACUACCCAGCAAACAUGGUUAAAUGCAUUAGACAGUUAUACAGCCAUUCCACCACUCCGUACCUACAUAACAUUAAAAACUAUCUGAACUAUGAGAACAACAGCUAGAGGAGAAGAUGCAGUUCUGGCCUUUUCUGUCGGAGCCUCCCAGGUUUGGAGCAACAGACGUAAGAAACCAACUCCUUCUCCACAACAUUAAGGUUUACUAGAAAUCAAAGUGUGAGCACUGAACUGUGUCUGUGUUUGUUGUCAUUAUUAACUGUAAGAGUAUCGUCACACCACACUUCACCAGGCCUAACACUGGUUUGUCAUGCUAACUGCUGAUCGUUGUCAUGGUAUGGUUGUGUCUUUGUGUCUCUCUUGUUUCUAUGUAGUGCAGACUCCUACAGAUUUUAUUGUUAAAUGUAUUUUAAAUGUCUGCGCCUUCAACUGUUGCCCACCCGGAUACAACAGAUGAAAGUUAGCCUUUCUGGCUAACCCUAGCAUAUUUUCAUAAACCUUAUUGUUAUUAUCAAAGUCCUGCAACUCGGCUUUAUAUGUUUCCCAGCUCGGCUGUUAGAAGCGGACUUUCUAGCAGGAGGGGCGGGAAAUGUGCAAACAACCGCCAUCUUGGUGUUACAGGCCUUCCCCAUAGGAUUGUAUUGAGGAUUCUUUAAGUGGCAUGUCUCUGUAGUUAUGCACUGUCUGUGUCAAAUAAAUUUAUAAAAUAAAAAUGAAAAUAAAUACACAAAACUAAAAGACAUAACUCAACGUAAAGAAACAGGAUAUGGCAUUAAAAGACAACUAAAUAUGAAAAGACACAGAUUCAGUCCUUGCUCAUGGACCCUUCAGCAGUACUUGUGCAGACAAACUAACUGGGUCUUAAUUUAAGGGAUGAAUGUUCAUUUUUCCUUGUCUUGAAGAUUUUAUUUUGUUAUUAUCUCUUGCUACCUUUUCUGUAGUUCAGCUUCUCUUUGGUCAGUACAGGACGUCCACAGUGUCCAUCUGGUUACUGCUCACAGUGGCUGCAGGGUGAGGCAGCAGAUGGCCUUUCUGUUGGGCUACCUGCCCACUUCACUCUCUCUCUCCUGUUCUCUGUCUGCCUCGCUCUACCUUUCUAUCAGCUGUAUGCCAUUCCUUUAUUUGCCUAUAUCAUCUUUCUGUCCACAAUUGUUGUGUGAAAAUGAUAAAGAUGUUUGGCAGACGUGGUCUUUCUACAGGAAAAGUGUAUGAACUGUUCAGAUCAGGGGGCUCACCCUCAGACAAAACUGAGGGAAUAUUCAUAGUGCAACAUGAAAAAGGAUUUUGUCACUGGCCCCAUUAAAGUAGCUGAAUUAGCUGUUAACAGCUCCUGUUAGCAGUUAGCAUGGAUGUACAGACAACGCUCACUGGAUUACUGUGAUCCUGAAGAAAAGUUAAUAAUAAUAUUAUAAUAUAUAAUAAUAUUCUUAGGCAGCCUUUCCAAAACUAGACCCUAGAGUGUCCUCUGGUCGAAGAUUCAGGACUGAUGUUGAGGAAAAGUGUUUUACACUAACGAAACUGAAUCCAUUUAUCAGUGUUUAUGUACCAAAUUUAAAAUUUUUCUCUAAGACGUUUUCAGCUAUUCAUUUAUGAGACAUUAUAUUCUUUUAUGAUAAGAUUGAUAUUGAUUGUAACAGUCUAGGUUUAUAUUUUGAACUUCUUUAUCUUAUAUAGAAAAUAUUACAUUCAGAAAGACAAAUGGUCUAAAAAGAAACCAUAAAGACAACAUUUCAAAAUAGAAAUCAAACAUUAUAUUGAAGCAUUAUCUGGUCUGAAGUAAUUAAAACAGUUAAAAUGUGUAAAGAUUUUAGUCGAGGUUAAUAAGAUUCAAUAAAAGGAAAUUCUCUAUCAGAAAAGAGCGUGUUUAAUUAAACACAAUAUAACCUUUAGGCUGCGUGUUAACCUGCAGUGUAUGGUGAUAUGUUGAAAUGUUGUUGGCGGAACCUCCUCACAGUUUGGAAACUUUGUUGUUGCAACGCCUUCAGGAAAACUUUACAUUUCUAGCUCCUCUCCUCUCUCAACUAAACAUGUGACUGAGAGCCAUCACUGCCAUCGGGCGAAAGUAAGUAAAAGAUGUGAAGAGGCUCGGUCGUCCUCGUUUGUACAAUAACGCUACAGGUUCUCACAAUCCCACUGCUCCUCCCUCCCUCUCUCCCUCUCCUCCCCCCGGCCUCUCUGAGCAGUUGACCUCUGAAAAGCCUCAUUAAGAAUUCAGCAGAAAACACAGACUGGUGGAUAAAUACAGAGGGAGUCCAGAGGCAGGAAGUCAGGAGGGAGACGACAAAGACUCAGCUGAUCCUGCUGACCCACUUCACACAGGAGAGGGGAGGAGGAGGAGGAAGAAGAGACAAGUAUAUAGUUUCAUGUUUGAAAGGCUCAGUAAUUUCCUCAAACAGCUGCUCGUGUAGUUUCUAUCAGACAAACAGGAGGUUGUAGAGCAUCUGUUGGGGACUAUUUUCAGCGGCGGAUGAAUCCACAUGUGCUGCUCUAGUGAGUUUUCAGGGCAGCAGGACGGUGUAUAUGGGACUGAGCCUUUUCUACCACUUAGUCCAGUUUGGUCUAUCAAUCAGUAAUGGACUUUACUUUAGUGGCAAUACUUCCAGGUAGGACUCUGCUGUCUCUGGUUUCCUCAUGGUCCUUUAACGUUCUCUGUAGAUCAGUAUGCUGCUGGGUUGUUGGGAGGGUGAUUAUUUUCUCUUUUGGUGAAGUGGUCCUGCGAGUGGAAGCUAAGCUAGGCUGAACUAUAAAGCACUACACUGUGAGCUCGCGGGCAUAAUGAAAACACUGUCGGACAUUACAUUAUUGCUGUCGCACAAUUGGUUUGUGGACUAUUUUUCUAUUAGCACAAUGCAUGAUGGUAUAUAGGGCUUGGUUAGUGAUCAUCAGUUGUACACUCCUUUUCAAAAUGCAUUAUGGGAUACUAUGAGUGGAUUGUUUAGGGUAUAAUAAUUCUAACUAAAUGUUCGGACAGCACUAUAAAGUGAGUAGUAAGUGAUUUCGGACACAGCCCGUAAGAUUAAACAGAGAGAACAUGAGGCCCCGGGACACUUCCCUGAGGAACCCCACAGGUUGUUGAAUUGUUAUUUGUUCCGUCUGUGACGUUUUGUCUCUUUGUGUCUUCUGUCCGUCUCUCCGAGCAGUAACUGCUGAACCAUGUCUGCCGGCCUGGACGACACAGACAACGUGUUCGACCUGAACGAGGCGAUCCCAGAGACCGAGCUGCUGGACAACAGCAUCCAGAAGGGCCGCGCCCAGCUGUCCGUCAAGGCUCGGAGGCAGCGUCCCUCCAGGUCACGUUACCGGGACAGCGUGAGCUCCACGGAGGGGGACGACAGCCUGGAGAGGAAGGACAGUCCGAUACACUCCACCCGCUCACCUCUCCAUCUGGCAAUGCGAGGCUCCUCCCCCUCUCCUGACUCACUGCUGUCUGCUCGAAGCCCCGCCUUCUCCUUCGACACAUCACUGGCGCGACGCUCUCCAGAGGAUGAAGGCGAGCCAUUGGCUGCUCCCCCACGGGGGCGGUACCAUCAGCUGACCAAUGCCACGUCUCAGGAGGCUCUGGUCACUCCCAGCAGCUCGCCCUCCAGGUCCUGCCCCUCCUCCGACUGCUCACGGGUCUACAUGAGGAGGAGCAGAAGGCCCGACAGCGAAGUGUUGGUUUCUGACUCGAGUCGGGACCCGAGUCCAGCUGAUCCCGGCAGUCCAACCGUCGUCUUCGACAAGAAAACCAAGAGACGCUUCCUGGAUUUGGGGGUGACUCUCAGGCGUUCAUAUAUCCGGGUGAGGAAAGACAAAUCCAACAGGCUCUCUGUGGGCAGCAGAGAGCCGUCUGAAAGUCCGUCUCGGUCCUCAGGAUCCUUUGUCCCCUUCUCUUGGUUCACCGAAGGACGGGGGUCGCUAUCCUCCUCCGGGACCCCACCCUGCUCCCCCAAGACCACCCCGCUGAGCUCCCCGAGACCUCGCAAGUCCCACUCGCAGGAGUCGGCUCUCAGCGAGGAGUUUUCUCCUCCUCACACCUCCUCCUCCACCUCUCCUCCUGUCGACCCCUCCUCCUCCAGAUCCUCCCAUCCAUACCACACCCUCUCCCAGUCCUCUGACGAGCCCUUCGAUGACCCGUCCUGCCCGGUGUCUUUGUGGACGACCCAGCAGGUCUGUCAGUGGCUGAAAGGACUCAACAUGGAGCAGUAUGUCCCAGAAUUCAGCGCGAGAGACAUCGACGGUCGGGAGCUGCUGCAGAUGGACGGCCAGAAGCUGAAGGCUCUGGGCAUGCUCAGUUCGUCUGAUCGCGGCGCUCUGAAGCGUCGCAUCAAGGAAAUCCUGACUGCAGCAGAGAAGGAGAGAAAAGCUCUGGACAAGAUGGAGAAACAGAAAGAAAAACAGCGAAGGAAAGACCAAGAACAGCGCAAGAGCUGAGCGCCGCCACCAGGGGGGGACAGAGGGGGGGGCAACAACAAGGGGAGGACAAUCUCUGUGUCUGCACAUCCUGGAAAACCUUGGUAAUCUGAAAUGCACCUUUCCAGUCCUGGAAAAGUCCUGGAAAGUGUAAACCAGAGGUCAUCCAGUGCAGGAAGUCAUGUGAUCGAUGACAUCAUGACACCCUUUCUGACGGUGGCCCUGAAGGACAAAUCGUUCAGCGUUCAGCAGGUUACAAACAGGGUUUCAGUGUUUUUACAUGUUUUCUCUCUUUGCUGCCCCAAAAAAAGAUUCAUAUCAAAGAAAAUCUAAAGUUUAAAAACAUCUUGAAACAUACGAGAAUGAAUAAAAAUGAACGAACAUCUGAAUGAAUUCAGUGUUUUGCUUUUGUGUGUGUUUUUUGUCCUUCGGGGCCACCGUCAGUUCAAACCUCCUGUGUGAUUAUUAAAACUCAUUGAUAAAGUUAAAUCAUAUUUUCAAAUAAAAUAGUGUGAUCUCUGACUCUUUGCAGCAGGUCUGGUUGAAGCAGGAAACAGCUGCAGGUGAUUUAAGUGUUUAAAGUUGAGAUUCUUCUUUCUGAUGUUGAAUAAAAACAACGUGUGAUGUUUGUUUGUUUCAGACGUCUGUACUCACCGACCUCUGACCUCUGCAGCCGCAUUCAAAUCUCAAAGAAAUAAAUCUGUCAAACGUUUUGUUCAGAUUAAAGGUGCAGUAUGUGAUUCUAAUCCAACGUCUUUUUGUCAGAUUCAGUGAACAUCACCUAUCAUGACCCGGGUCCUGAAGGUCCCUGGGUAUGAGGAGGCCUCAGGGAAGACCCAGGAAUAGAUGGCUGGAUUAUAUCUCCACCUACUCCUGGGAAGGCCUCGGGAUCCCCCAGUCAGAGCUGGUUGAUGUGGCUCAGGAAAGGGAGGUUUGGGGUCCUGCUCCUGAGACCCGACCCCAGAUAAGCGGUUGAAGAUGGAUGGAAGGAUGGAUGGAUGGUGAACAUCUUCUGGUUCUUGAACUGUCUCAUCAUCUCUGCAUGUUAGCUUCAGGUUAGCUUAGCAGCAGCAGCCAUAAGCCACAGUUUGCUAACCCAGACUUGGCUAACGUUAGCUGCAUUACUCGCUGUUUGUUAGGCGCCAUGUUGUUUCUACAGAAUCACUUUCUCCACCUUUAAAGGAGACCUAUUAUUCUGCUUUUCCAGUCCUAUAUUGUAGUUCUGUGACUCCUGUACGGCAGCUUUGCAUGAUUCAAAGUUCAAAACAAAUAAUCUUCUCUCUCAUACUGACUUUUCCAUGAAGGCCUUCAUUUCAGCCUCUGUCUGAAACAAGCUGCAGAUGCUCCUGUCUCUUUAAGACCCCCCCCCCGCCAACCAAAAGCCCACUGUCUUCUGAUUGGCCCACGACCUGAAGCAUGUUACCAGGCUGUUGUUGUUGCUGGGCGGAACAGACAGACUAAGUGUUGCCGUGGGAGUAAAUGACCAUAUAUGGACCAGCGGCUCCGUCUGGCUCCGUGUCGUAUUACUGAGCCGUUGGUAGAAAAAAGCUGUUGAAAACGUUCAGAACAGGAGGAAACCUGAUGUUUAUGCUCACAGGGAUUUCUUUUAAAUACUUUAACCUCAUUACUGGAAGUUUUGGCCACGUUUAACAUGAACAUCCAACAUUGGAGAUAAGUGAUAAAAUGUGGAAAAGUAUAAUAGGUCUCCUUUAAAGAGGGAUUAAAUGAAGGAGUUUAAAACCCGUUCAGUUUGUUUCCUGCCCCCUGAUGAUUACACCACUGACCUGCAGGAGGCGCUGACGCAACAAGCUGGUACACUUUGAUGCUGGAUUUAAAGUGUCGUUUUAAAUUUAAAUUCUGCUGUAUAAAUGUUUUUGGAGAUUCACUCAGAAGCUGAACAUUUUCCUGUGUUUGUGUUAAAUAUUAAGUUCUCUCUAUUUUUAUAUCAAACUCAUCUUUUCUUUUGCUGUGAAACUGAAUCUGAACGAGCUGCAUGCUGAUCUGAGUUAGAGAACAUAUGAUUCGUAUCAGACUAAAUAAAAGGAUCAGACGUGAAGAAGCCUGAAAA